AACGUUUUUUUUUUGUUUUCGUUAAAAACAAAUUAAUAAUCAAAAAUAGUUUUGAAAAAUGGCCCGCAGUGUGCUCUCGCGGAUGGAGACCAUCUGCGCCGAGGUGAUGGAAAUGCCGGAAAUCUUCCUCGCCGACGGGGAGGAAGACGACGACGACGACGGAUCGACGGUGGAAAUUGACGAAGCCGCUGAAUUGGAUGAGCUGGCCGCGGACGAGGAUGACGCAGAAAGUGUGGAAGAUUGCGACGGGGAAAAAUCUAAAGAUGCGUCGAAAUCAGGGGCUGGAAAGGGUGGAAAAUCCAGCAAGGAAAAGGGCGUUUCCGUAAAGGUUAAUUGCGAAGAUAAAAAGCAGCAAAAAGUCGGAAAGUGGAUUUCGAGGGCCCUGCGAGCCGCAGUUAAUCCGAUCGUGUCCAAGUUCAAUCUCAACUUGAAGGUCAAUUUAGACCUGAAUGUGGCAAAUAAGGAGGGAAAACAGGAAGCGGCUUCAAGCGCUUCGAAACAGCAGGAAGCCGGCAAAGCUAAGCCAACGGCUCAACAGCUGAGAAGACGCGCCGAUUUGGCCAGGAUAAAGGAGCUUGAAAAAGAGAACAGACAUCUCGAAAAGGUGUUUGAGAAAAUUGUUACCGCUUAUACGGACAUGAAAGCAAAUUUAACAGAAAAGGCAACAGAAUAUGAAAAGCUAAAAGAAAAGCAUUCCCAAGAAGAAUCAAAACUUGGCAAACUAGUCGACGAGCUUUUGAUACUGAAAAAGGCUAUUUCCAACUUCGAGAUGGAAAACAAAAAGUUAGAAAUCGAAAAAAUACAACUAAACAAGGAAUUGAGGCAGGAAAGGGAAGAUAAAACCCACAAAAUUAAGCAAUUUGAAAGCAAGUUGGAAGAACUUCAAACUAAAAGUGAAUCAGAAAUUCAGAAGCUAAAGGAAGAAACCGCUGCACAAUUGUUGGAGAAACAAACCACCCUGAACCAAAAAGAAUCUGACCUUAAUCAGCUCACCAAACAAUUGCAAACAUUGCAGGAAGAUUUUGCCAAAUGUGAAGCAAACCACCUCCAGAACUCUCAACAGCAUCUCCAAAAGCAGGCCCAACUUGAGCUAAAAGUGAUGGAUUUGAUACAGAAAAAUCGUGAACUUACUGCCAGCAGUCAGGAGCACCGAUUCAGCAAUAGUACCGUACGGGAGGAUUCCUGCGUGGCCGGUCAUGCGUGUCCACUUUGUGGAAGUAUGUUUAGAAAUAUGGCCGAUCUCCAAAUACAUGUUGAGUCUUGCGUUUCGUAAUGAAGGGUAACGCAAUAAACGAAAGGUAUCUUUUAAAAAACAACAUGGCGGACCAGGCAAUCUGUCAAACGCCAAAAGGGUGCGUGUCUUGUCUAGUU